UUUAUCUUCUCUUUUUUUCCCUUAUCAACGGUCGCUUCAAUUCUUCACAACGGAGAGGAAGAAGAUCCACAAUUAUGAUCGCCAGGUAUGCGUGAAGCUGCUCGUUUGUUGUUUGCUGUGGAGAAACUUAGACCCACUCAUCAACUGAAAGGGAGAUGGGUUGGGACUAUGAUGCCUAGGAGACAAGAAAGUGAUGAUAGAGGAGGAGGAGGAGAAGGAGGAAGAGGGCAGAUUGGGAAAGAAAAUCACGAUCCCGUCGCUGCCUUUAGCAGUCCGCCACCAAUUCCACCUUUCAUGGGACCUCUGGUUGUUCUUUCAUUGUUGCAACCAAGGGACGGAAACGAUGUCCGAUCAUGAGAGGUGACCCUUUGUUUCAUGCAUCUUGAAUGAAUGUAGAGUUGAAACUUGGAAGUGAUGCGUCCUUGAAGUUGUUUUCUGCUGAUCGUGUGUCUUGCUAUAGCUUACUAAACUUAAACGUAGACUGUUUUGUGUCAUACUACGUAUAUGAUUAGUAAAAUAAGAGAUGGAGA